AGAGGGACGGGGGGGGCUGGGGGAUACGGGCCUGUGACUGUGGCACCGGGGGGGCAGCGGCGCUGCUAGGGGCGGCGGCGGCAGCUCCUCGUCCUCCUCCUGCCCCCGGGGAAGCGCUGCCUGCCAGCGAGGGGAGCGGAAGAUGGACCCCAACAGGAUCAUCCAGGCUCUCAAGGGCACCAUAGACCCCAAGCUGCGCAUCGCCGCCGAGAACGAGCUCAAUCAGUCCUAUAAGAUCAUCAAUUUUGCUCCAAGUCUACUGCAGAUCAUAGUAUCAGAUCAAGUUGAAUUUCCAGUGCGUCAAGCAGCUGCCAUUUACCUGAAGAACAUGGUGACACAGUAUUGGCCGGACCGUGAGCCACCUCCUGGCGAAGCAGUAUUUCCGUUCAACAUUCAUGAAAAUGAUCGUCAGCAGAUUCGCGAUAACAUUGUAGAAGGAAUAAUUCGUUCUCCUGACUUAGUGAGAGCCCAGCUGACAAUGUGCCUCCGUGCUAUCAUUAAACAUGACUUUCCUGGCCAUUGGACAGCCGUGGUAGACAAGAUAGGCUAUUACUUGCAGUCUCAAAACAGUGGGAGUUGGCUUGGGAGCCUCCUGUGCCUGUAUCAGUUGGUGAAGACUUACGAAUACAAAAAAGCAGAGGAGCGAGAUCCUCUCAUAGCAGCAAUGCAAAUAUUUUUGCCUCGGAUUCAGCAGCAAAUGAUCCAGCUUCUACCUGAUAACUCCCAUUACUCUGUACUGCUUCAGAAACAAAUCUUAAAAAUCUUCUAUGCUCUUGUUCAGUAUGCAUUGCCGCUCCAGCUGGUGAAUAACCAGACUAUGACUCAGUGGAUGGAGAUCUUCCGUACUAUCAUUGAUAGAAAUGUACCUCCGGAGACUCUGCAAAUUGAUGAAGAUGAUAGGCCAGAGCUGGUGUGGUGGAAAUGCAAGAAGUGGGCAUUGCAUAUUGUAGCUCGCCUUUUUGAACGGUAUGGAAGUCCUGGAAAUGUAACUAAAGAAUAUUUUGAAUUCUCAGAGUUUUUUUUAAAAACCUAUGCUGUGGGCAUACAACAGGUUCUCUUAAGAAUCUUAGACCAAUACAGGCAAAAAGACUAUAUUGCACCACGUGUUCUUCAGCAAACAUUAAAUUAUCUGAACCAAGGGGUUAUUCACUCUGUGACGUGGAAGCAAAUGAAGCCACACAUACAGAGUAUAACAGAAGAAGUGAUAUUCUCUCUAAUGUGCUACAAAGAUGAGGAUGAAGAGCUCUGGCAAGAGGAUCCGUAUGAAUACAUUCGCAUGAAAUUUGAUGUAUUUGAGGAUUAUGCAUCCACUACAACAGCAGCACAGAAUCUCCUUUAUACUGCUGCGAAGAAGAGAAAAGAGGUAUUACCAAAAAUGAUGGCAUAUUGCUACCAGAUUCUGACAGAGCCAAACAUUGAUCCAAGGAAAAAAGAUGGUGCUUUGCAUGUUAUAGGAUCCCUAGCAGAUAUUUUACUGAAGAAGACUGUCUUCAAGGAUCAAAUGGAGCUGAUGUUACAGAAUCAUGUAUUUCCAUUGUUCAUGUCUAACCUGGGGUACCUCAGAGCUAGAUCCUGUUGGGUACUUCAUUCAUUCAGUGCUUUGAAAUUUCACAAUGAGCUAAACUUGAGGAAUGCAGUAGAGUUGGCAAAGAAGAGCCUGAUUGAUGAUAAGGAAAUGCCCGUCAAAGUAGAAGCAGCCAUAGCUCUUCAGACGUUAAUAAGCAACCAAGAGCAAGCCAAGGAAUAUGUGAAGCCGUAUGUAAGGCCAGUUAUGCAAGAGCUCUUGCACAUUGUUAGAGAGACGGAAAAUGAUGAUCUUACUAAUGUAAUCCAGAAGAUGAUCUGCGAGUACAGUCAGGAAGUAGCUACUAUCGCCGUUGACAUGACUCAACACCUGGCUGAAAUAUUUGGUAAAGUACUACAGAGUGAGGAAUAUGAGGAAGUAGAGGACAAAACAGUUAUGGCCAUGGGCAUCUUGCACACAAUUGACACUAUCCUGACAGUUGUGGAAGAUCACAAGGAGAUAACUCAACAGCUCGAGAGCAUUUGUUUACAGAUCAUAGGCCUUGUUUUGCAGAAACAUGUUAUAGAGUUUUAUGAAGAAAUUCUCUCCUUGGCCUACAGCUUGACAUGCCAGAUGAUUUCACCUCAAAUGUGGCAGCUUUUAGGUGUUCUAUAUGAGGUUUUCCAGCAGGAUUGCUUUGAGUACUUUGCAGAUAUGAUGCCUCUCUUGCAUAAUUAUGUGACCAUUGACACUGAUACUUUACUGUCUAAUCCAAAGCAUUUAGAAAUCAUUUAUGCUAUGUGUAAAAAGGUAUUAACAGGAGAUGCAGGAGAAGAUGCAGAGUGUCAUGCAGCCAAACUCCUAGAAGUAAUCGUUCUUCAAUGCAAAGGACGGGGUAUUGACCAGUGUAUUCCACUCUUUGUGGAGGCUGUUCUGGAGCGGUUAACUAGAGGAGUUAAAACAAGCGAGCUUCGUACCAUGUGUCUUCAGGUUGCCAUAGCUGCACUCUACUACAAUCCUGACCUACUUCUGCACACGUUAGAGAACAUCAGAUUUCCACACAAUCCUGAGCCCAUCACUGCACAGUUCAUAAACCAGUGGAUGAAUGACACAGACUGUUUUCUUGGACUCCAUGACAGGAAGAUGUGUAUAAUAGGACUGAGCAUCCUAAUGGAAUUGCAGAACCGACCGCCUGCAGUGGAUGCUGUGGCUGCCCAGAUUGUCCCUUCAAUCCUCCUCCUCUUCCUGGGUUUAAAACAAGUUUGCGCCUCACGAGAACUCACAGAACAUGAAGAUCAUGCUAAAGAUGAAAAACACGUUGCAGAAGAUAAUGAAGAGAUACCGAGUGAUGAAGAGGAGACAAAUGAAGUGAGCCAGGCAAUGCAAGAGAACCACGGUGGUGGUGGAGGAGGAGGAGGUGGUGGUGGUGGUGGAGGUGGGGAGGAAGAGGAUGAAGAUGACGAUGAUGACGACGACUGGGAUGAAGACGCCUUGGAAGAGACUGCUCUUGAAGGGUUCAGCACACCUCUUGACCUUGAAAACGGAGUUGAUGAAUACCAGUUUUUCACACAAGCACUUUUAGCGGUGCAGAGCCGAGAUGCAGCCUGGUACCAUUCGCUGACAGCACCGUUGAGUGAGGAUCAGAAGAAACAGCUGCAGGAAAUUUACACAUUAGCAGAACACCGGCGAAAUGCUGCAGAGACUAAGACAAUAGAACAACAAAGUGGCUACACAUUUGACAGCAAAGGACUGAUCACAGCAUUUAAUUUUGCUGGAAGUACUCCUGGUGGCAACUGAAGGAUCAACUGCAAAGGUCAAUGGGAAGGGUCUCAUCAUUACAUUUUCUUGAAAUCAUCGUGACUUCUGAGUGAUAGGGGAGGGUAAUUUAAUGCUGCUGAAGGUUUCCUGGAAAAUAGCAGUGUGCUUCCCCCACCAGAAUGCUCUUUCUAACCAGCUACUGUAAUGUACAAUUCUUGUGGUGUUUUUAUAAUUUGAUGGACUGAAAGGAAACAUUUGUCCUCAAGGAACAUGAAUGACUGGGAGGGGCCAGGCUGCAUCUUACUGAGUUGCACUUCUCAGGUUUUUGCUGUGCAGAAUUGAUAGAUUCAUAUGGAUAACAGUGCCUUCUGUUGUACAUGGAUUGCCUGAACAAAUGGAUUUUGGAGUGCAUUAUAAUUUUCUAAGUGUAAGGACAUUUCUUGAUACACUGUAAGCCUUGGUUCCAUGUUUUCCAGUCACCUGCUUUUUACUACUCAGUUUAAUUGGUUGUUGGUUGCAUACACAUUGCUGGAUUCAGAAUAUUAUCUCAUCUUUCCUAUUUGGUGCAGACCAAAGGUGUAGAGGGAGGUGUCUGUUCGAGUUGCAAAGCAUACACUGGUUACAUCAAAGGGUUUUAACAAAAUUGCAGAUUAUCCCUUGAUGCACUAGUCUUAAAUUAUUUCUCUUAAACAUGAAAUCAAGUCUCUUGAGUUAUGAUGGCAUGUGUGGCAGGUGGUUACCCUAAAUCUACAUUGAAUUACCUCCUGCCUGGACAAGUGGUGUGGCCCUCGCACGUAGAUGUUCUACGUGACAACUUUUUAUUUCCACUAUUUUCGAUGAGUAUUGGAUUUUACUUGGGAUUCUAUAGAAUUAUUUUCUGGUUUUAUUCAUUCAUUACCAUUCCAGUGGUAGUACUGAAUAAUGUGGUACAAAAUAUUUACAAUAUUUUAUUUAUCUUGAUAGAAGAAAAACAGCUCCAAACUUACUUCUUACUCUUCUGUGAUUGAAUUUCUGGUCUGCAUUCCGUUUGGCUGUUCUUGUCCCAUGCUGAAAUUUCUUUAUCUUCCAGAUUUUUUCCUGAAUUUCAAAGGCUGGUUGCUCAUGAAUUGAAACACAUAUAACAAGGUGUUUGUGAAUAUGUUCAUUAAAUGAGAAACUGAUAGCAGUACUAAUUUGAAUAGGUGCCCCUCCUUUAGAUCUAUUGGGAUCACAGUGGUGUAGCCAAAAUAAGUAGGGGUGCUUUAGAAUGUGAAGUUUGGACUGGAGAUAAAAUCUUUAGACCAGAAUUUGUCUCUAUGUGUUAAUUUCUUUAUGAUUUAAAAAUAUUUGCUAAGUGAUUUUAAGCACAUACUGAUAAUGUAUUUCUUUAGAGCAGUGUCCCAACUGGAAAGUCCCCAUCAAAUUUUAAACGACUGCAGCAAAUUGCAGAUUGCUGGCCCUGCACUGUGCUAAAGCUUUCAUUUUUUUGUAUGUCAGAGUAAUUAUAAUUCAGUCUGAUAAAUCUGAAGUGCUCUAUGCCUUGGCUUCUGGAAAAGGCCAGAGUGUCUCUGCCUGUUCCUUGCCCCAUCCCCUGAAAUAUUUGCAGCCUGGCAGCUGCGGGGCAGAAGGUUUCUCGCCACUUUGCUUUUCCCUGCACCUUUGUGUCAGACUCUCUGGUGCUGUUCGCUGCUGCUGCUUCCCACCCCACCCCCAACAACUGCAGAGCAAAGUUUGCCUGGUUUGUGUAGGUUUUUCACUGCUGCGACAGUGAAAAUGUCUCACUUUUAGGUGUGGUGUACAUAUGGAAAACUGAGAAUUCCUGGGUCUGUAUUUCCAAAAGGGAACAGUGCACUGAGCUGCAUUGGACAGGCUCUUUAAGCAUAAGCAGCAGAGUGCUGGGACAUCCUUUAUUUUGAACAUCAGGCCAUGAAAAUUAUAGGUCACUUCUGCUAAUGUAGGCCUGGGGGUGUAUUGACUGAGAUGGUAGGAAGGCAUUACAUCCAGUUUGUUGGUGAGUUUCUCAGAAACCAUAGAAGUUUUGAAAUCCUUCACGAAUUUAAAUAAUGUUUGGAAGUUAAGGACAUGGACAACUUCUCUCUUACCUGACAAUUGAAGUUAAGCAUUAGGCAGGUAAACUGUUUAAGCCCUUUAUUAUUUUAUUAAAAAAUAAAUGAGAUUGUUGACUUGGCUUUCUUCCACAGCCCAUUUGCCUUCUCUUCACAGGCAUGCAGAGUAGAAGUGGGAUUUAUUUUUCUUCUGCUAAUGAGGUUGCUUGCACAGUCACAAGCUAAUAAUAUUUAGGAGUUAAUGUGUACAAGGCAAAAUCUGCUUUUGCAUAGCAUCAUCUUUGUGUCACUCAGCUGAACUAUGGCUGCUCCCGAGUUCUGCUUCUUGUAUACUUUUCAAAUCAACUGCCAAGAAAAUUUCAUCCAGAUGUUUCUUACAAGGGGUUUAAUCAGCAGCAUGGAGUCGGGAUUCUUUGUGGUCUAUUUUGCAGUGGGGGUCAGAGAUGUCUGAGGGGAUGGCAUGUAAAAAGGUUAAAUGCCCUUCCCUUCCCAGGAGAUUCAUGAGCAAAUGUUUCUACUGGCAAAAGCAAAUGUUAAUUAUUUUAUUCCUUUUUUUGAAAAGGGUUUUCAUCCAAAAAGAUUUAUUGGGCUUUAGCCUCCACUUUAACAUAUGGUUCUCUUUUAACAUGAUAAAUAUCCAUUUGUACAUGAUCAUAAAUAGGUAAUGGAUUUUAGGGAUUUCUUUCUGAGCUGUGUCCAGCUUUGAACUACAUUAAAGGGAGAGUAACACAAAUGUGCAUUACUGUCUCACUUUGAAGCCAAGGUAAUCAUGGAAUAUCAGAUACCAGCAUCGGCCAACCAAACAUGAUGUAUUUGCCAUUGGAAGUACAGAGAAUCAUGAAUGUAAAAUAAAACAAAGGCUGAUAACUGGUGGCCUAUGUUGCCCCAUGCCCAUGUUUCCAAAGUGUGCAGGUGACUUGUAUGGGCACCAUGGGGGGCUUUACAUGGGAAAUUAUGUAGGUUAUAAUCAUAGCAAAUGUAAACUUACAUGAUAAGCUGCUUUUUCAGAUAAAAUUAACUGAUCCAGAGUAUUGAUAUGCAUAUGCUGUUUUGUCACUCUUGAAAGGAAAAUAAGAAUCACCGCAUGUUUUGGCUACUUCAUUUUGCUCUCUCUUUCGAAGUCGAAGUACUUGGUUUGCUUUCAUUACAAAGCAAAAUCUUUAAUCAAAAUGGCCGGCUCCAGGAAGAGUGCACAAUAUGAAGCUAAGGAAAAAGCUAAAAAACCCCAAGCCCCAACAAUCCCCCAAAACCCACAUGUGCACAGUCUGAUUGAAAUAAAUGUGCUUUGGGAGUAUAAGUCAAAUAUGCAAAGAAUGUUACACAAAAUGAUAUUGUGAGAUUCUUUGCUUUAGGGGGAAAGGCUGCCUGCGGGGUGUCAGGGAGACACGAAAUGAACUGCUUUAGGACAUGCCCUUUGCUUGUGAAGUCCAGGCAGUUCGUGACUCUGGAUUCCAUCAUACAUUGUAGAGGAGAGAAGGUAGGACAGUAGAGGAUUUUUUAUUACUAUUAUUUUUUACUAUAAGGCAAGAGUCUGUCUUGAAACUUUUGUGAGCCAAAGGAAUUGUAGACAACAUCAAUGAUUAACUGUCUUUUGUUUCCAGAAUACUUUUAAACCUUUUUUCCUCCCUCCUUUCCUUCCAUUUGCCAACUACUAUGUUAUCAGAUAUUUCAGGGGAUAUUCAAAAUACCUGAAAAGGUAAAAAAAUGAAACAAUUUCUUUUAAAAAUCCUGUUCUUGAAGCAAUGCUACCUAUCCAUUGCAUUUAUAUCUAUAGAACAAAGUCUCCCAUUUGACAUUUGCAGAUAAUACAGAACUACAAAAAGCCUUCACUUGUGCCUGCAGUUUGAUAAGCCUUUCUGUGAUUUACUUCUUAAUAUGGGUACUUCAAAAUCCUCACACCUUAACUGAAAUUUGCUCAAAGGAUAGGCAAAAAUGCCUUAUGUAAUGGAGUACUCAGUCGUAGUUCUGAAGUACUCCCUAGUCAAUCUUUUGAUAUUUAACAGUCUGGUGGUCAGUUCCUCGAGGGUCUCUGUCUCUGAUUGAGGACAUUCUUCAAGUCCCAGAGACUCUGUAUCUUUGCAGUUGGAGAGAGAGAAUCGUAUUUCACAGAAUCACAGACUGGUAGGGGUUGGAAGGGACCUCUGGAGAUCAUCUUGUCUAACCCCCCUGCUUGAGCAGGUAGACCUAGAGCAGGGGGCACAGGACCACGUCCAGGUGGGUUUUUAAUGUUUCCAGGCAAGGAGACUCCCUGGAAAAUAUUUCCCUCAUUGCAGCAAAGCAUACAGCAGGCAUGGCUAUUGACUUCCUAAUCUUAUGAGUGAAAAUAGCACUCUUUUCUCUCAGAUGUCAAAUCUUACCCCAAACGGAUGUGAUACAGUAGAGACGGGUGUUCCCAGUGUGUUAAAGGAAGGCAGACGCUAUUCCAGAUACCAGAAAGUCUUAGCAUAAAGUCAUAUCAUAAAGAGAAUAUAUGAACAGGCCAAGAGUCUUGCUUUUGACACCUCCUCCAGUGCUACUACUUUUGUAAAACCAACAAAACCAAACCAGUGUAAAAUGAGAGAGAACUAAAGCCGUACUUGUCCACUAGACAGGUAGAAAAUUCACUGGCCCGUGGACUAAUCCCAAUACUGCAGAUGCACUCAGAUACUUUUCAAAUAGAAUAUGUAACAUCUGUAUGGAUAUUAGUACCCUAAGCCAUUAAUGAGAGGUAGAAGCUUCAUGUGGUUUUUCUCUGGCAGAAAACAAAUGCAUCCCUUUAAAAACUCUGGGAACCUCUUGUCCUGGCUGAUGUGCAGUCACCAACAGGAGACACUCACUGGGGCUACAGCCUUUCUUAAAGAUCGUCAGCAUACCUCCUACAAAAGGGCUACCUAAAGUGCUCCAUGUCUAGGGAGCUAACUGAUGAACCACUCCUUGACUAAAGAGUUUUGGGGAACAGCAGCUGAGAGUGAAUCUGCAGGCGUACGUAGCUCUGAUGAAUUGGGAAAGCAUCCAUUAAUUGAGGUGAUGUGUUUGAUAUGAUCUCAGAUCUGCAGUGUUCCCGAUGUUGCCUUGAUCUUCUAGAGGAGCAUCCAAGAACUUUGUCCCAUGCCUUUCUCCAAGAAGAGAAUGUGCUUGGGCAGCCCCAAAUUUGGUACAAUGCUUUGGACUUGGGAUCAGAAAGCAAUUUAGGUUACAAGCAGGUAGUUGUCCACAUCAGAAAAGUGAUGUGAAAGCCGCAUAUUAAUGCUAGGAUUCUCUUUAUAGCCUGUAUAGAGGUUCAUAAUUUUAAGUGCUUGGAUAUGUGCAUGGUGGGGAAGGAGAUAAACUUUCCGAUGCAUUGAUUUCUGCAAUGUGAAUACAACAGUGUCAGCUCCAGGAUUCACCUGAGGUGAACGGAGAGUGUUGGUUAGGGGCUGCCUGCUGGACCAUCCAGGUUAGAUGAAGUGAAAUGCAAAAACUGAAAAAUUACUUGAUAGUUGAAGCUGUUGAGCAAUAAAAAUGAGUGUUUUCUUGAAAUUAGAUUUUAAUAUUAUGUUCAGGUAUGUUUUAAUUCACAGGUUUCUUGCACGUAUGCAAAACAAAAUUACCACAUAACAUGGAGGCCUAUUGGUUUUUCACAGACUGUUUACCAUUGAAUGUGUUUAUCUAAGAAUUGCUGCUUGUUUUUAGAUAUUUUCAACAUGUUUUUAGUAAAGUUGCACAUAUCCCUCUUUCACUACUUUCCAUGCACAGAGAUCUUGUAAAUGAACUUCACAACAGGAAGAACAGUGCUUUGAAAGGAGAAGACUCUGCUUAAGCAGGUUAUUUUUAGAAAACAGGAGAACUAUGGCCUCUGAAGAAAAUAUGAAACAAUAAAUAUUUAUACAAAAGCGCAUGAGGUAGUGAAAUGAAUAUAAGACAAUAUAAGCAAGAUUCCAUUCUUUGAUCACAGCUGUAAUUUUUUUUUCAUUGUCAAACAAUG